CCUCGUUCUUUUUGCUAAGUAGCGAAACAACGUGCAUACAAGUGCCAACAAUUUUUUGAAAAUCAUGGAUGAGAGAAAAGAAACCUACGAUGGUCCCGCCGGCAUGGAGCCCGAAGGAGUUAUCCAAUCGAAUUGGAACGAGGUUGUCGACAACUUUGACGACAUGAACUUGAAGGAAGAGCUUCUCCGCGGUAUCUACGGUUAUGGUUUCGAAAAGCCAUCUGCCAUCCAGCAACGCGCCAUCAUUCCCUGCAUCAAAGGGCACGACGUAAUUGCUCAAGCUCAAUCAGGUACGGGCAAAACCGCAACUUUCUCGAUUGCGAUUCUCCAGCAAAUCGAUACGUCGUUGCGCGAUUGUCAGGCAUUGAUUUUGGCGCCGACCCGUGAGCUGGCGACGCAAAUCCAAAAGGUCGUCAUCUCGUUGGGCGACUACUUGAAUGCCCAAUGUCAUGCCUGCAUUGGAGGCACGAAUGUACGUGAAGAUAUGCGUGUUUUGGAAGCCGGAAGUCACGUCGUUGUCGGAACUCCGGGUCGUGUGCAAGACAUGAUCAAUCGCAAGGUUUUGCGCACCAACAACAUCAAGUUGUUCGUUCUCGACGAAGCCGACGAAAUGUUGUCCCGCGGAUUCAAGGAUCAAAUCCAGGAUGUCUUCAAGAUGCUUCCCACGGAUGUGCAAGUCAUCUUGUUGUCUGCUACGAUGCCCAACGAAGUGCUCGAAGUCAGCAAAUACUUUAUGCGCAAUCCCGUGCAGAUUCUCGUCAAGAAGGAGGAACUCACGUUGGAAGGUAUCAAGCAAUUCUUCGUCAAUGUCAAGCAGGAACAAUGGAAACUCGGUACGUUGUGCGAUUUGUACGACACGCUUUCCAUUACGCAAUCCGUCAUCUUCUGCAACACGCGACGCAAGGUCGAUCAGCUUACCAAGGAAAUGGCGGAACGUCAUUUCACCGUUUCCGCGAUGCACGGAGACAUGGAUCAACGCGAACGUGAUCUCAUCAUGAGACAAUUCCGCACGGGCUCUUCUCGUGUCUUGAUUACCACGGAUUUGCUUGCUCGUGGUAUCGAUGUUCAACAAGUAUCUUUAGUUAUCAAUUAUGAUAUACCAUCUGUUAGGGAGAACUACAUUCAUAGAAUUGGUCGUGGCGGACGUUUUGGUCGUAAAGGAGUUGCAAUUAAUUUUAUUACUGAUGCUGACAAGCGUACAUUGCAAGACAUUGAAAAACAUUACAACACAACCAUUGAAGAAAUGCCCAUCAAUGUUGCUGAUUUGAUCUAAGAGACAAAAUAAAAAAAAAACAAAACACGUUCAUAUUACAAAACAAAACAAAAAAGUGAGAAAAAAUUUGAUAAAAAGGGAAAAUAAUAAUAAUAAAAAUCGCAAAAAAAGAGAAAAAAAAACAUUUCCAGUUAUUAAAAAAAAACUUACCACGAGCGGAUCAACUUUGGCAUCCCAACUAAACUAAACUCGGGGAGCAGCCAUCGCAGAAAUAAUAAAAAUACACAUAAAAAACGUAAAAAAACACAGAAAAUCUUUGAUUUAAAGAGGCAGGUAA